GUUUGCAAUUAUGGCAGUCUCUGGUAAUUACUACUUUGCCAUUGUGGGGCAUCAUGAUAACCCAAUGUUUGAGAUGGAAUUUGCACCGGCCAACAAAGAACCAAAGAAGGAAGACCACAGGCACUUGAAUCAGUUUAUUGCUCAUGCAGCACUUGAUCUGGUGGAUGAAAGUAUGUGGACUACUAGUAAUAUGUACCUGAAACUGGUGGACAAAUUCAACGAAUGGUAUGUGUCAGCCUUUGUCACUGCAGGAAGAAUAAGACUUAUAUGCCUACAUGAUGUAAAGAAUGAUGAUGGCAUCAAGAAUUUCUUCAUGGAGAUGUAUGAAACAUAUAUUAAGCACUCCAUGAAUCCCUUCUACCAACCCAACAGUCCCAUCAAGUCAGCAGCUUUUGAGAAGAAAGCCCACUUUUAUGGUAGAAAAUAUUUAACAGGCUGAGAAGAUUGCCGGCCUAGGGAACUGUAAUAAUCACUCUGCCCGCUGCAUUGACAGAAGGCGAGGAAGAUUUUUUUGCUGUCUUUCUCAACCCUGGUAAUUUUCCUAUGGGCUGUUAGGCUACAAUGUGAAAAGGAGUGCAUUUCAAUGAGAUCUUGUGUUAAUGCAUUUGAUUCUGCAUUAACGUUUCUGAUAUUUUUUGGAUAUGCUCUUUGAUUUUCUCUUUGCUAUUCUUACACAUGUGGAGAUUUAUGUAUGCCUUGUUUCAGGUGAAAGUUGAUUGUAUGAAAGUAAUCAUGCAGGCAGUUCUUUAGAAAUGAUUACAAAGCUUUAAAAUCUUCUAUUAACUGAGCAUUGGAUAGAACUUUAUUUAUUCUUAUGGACUUUAUAGUAUUAAUAUUAAAUGUGUAAUUAGUAGUUUGUUCAUUUUUUGACAAAUGCAUAUAUUGAUGAUAUGGAGAAUGUAACAUUCUUUAUAUGUUUUCUUUUUAGAAAAAUCUAAGAUUUGUGAAAAAAACAAUAUGUUUUCAGCAUGACUGAUACAGAGAUAUAUAAUGUUUUACUUUAUAUUAUAUACAUUUUCCCCCUUUUUUAUGAUUUUUUGCAUACUUAUUUCUUGCAAUGAUUUAAGUCAUCAGAAAAGAUGGUAAGGAAUACUCAGAUUUUGGCCUUCAGAUAUUGUUGAUGGGUUACAAAAUCAGUACAAAUAAUUUUGAACAUCAUUUAUUAAGUGGUUUAGUUAUACAUUGAUGAAAAGAUCAAUCACUCACAGAUAUCUACAGUUUGACAGAUUAUAUUGCAGUAUUCACAAAACAAGAAUAUGACAUUCCAUGUCUUUUAUACAGAAUCAUAUAAUGGGAAAUAAAUACUUGUUGAUAGAUUAUUAUUACUA